UUAGUGGCCAAGCAAUCUAUGGUUGACAAUAGGUUCUCCAUGUAUCCACCCAAUCCAGUCUGCCUUCUCUUUCUAUUAAAGACCAGUCUUUGGCCUUCCCAUCUACCUCUCCUUCCACCUUCUCAACCAAGUCUCCCUUGUCGAUCCUUGGAGAGAUCCAUCAGAUAGGAAGAUCAAGCAGUUGUCGUCGAGUUGCGGAAAUGACAGCUUCAGUUACUCAUCGAAAUGGCCUCAUCCGGCGAUGGCACGAGGCCGGGAACGAGUGCGUGCCGCCGACCGACGUCCAGAUCGUGACCUCGGACGGGAAAAGCAUACCGGCCCAUUCCAGCGUAUUGGCUUCGGCUUCUCCUGUGCUGGAGCGGAUGUUGGAUCGAUCACGUAAAGGUGGCAACUCUGAGAGGAUCAUCCACGUACUCGGCGUCCCCCACGACGCUGUCCUCGUCUUCCUGCAGUUCCUCUACUCCUCCGGGACUGGGAUGUGGUCGAGGGAAGCGGAGGAGGAGAUGGAGAGGCACGGCAUGGCGCUGCUGGCGCUGUCGCACGCGUACCGCGUGCGGUGGCUGAAGCGGCGGUGCGAGGCCGGCGUCGCGGCGUGGCUGAGCGCGGUAAAGGUGAUGGACGUGCUGAAGCUGGCCAGGCUGUGCGACGCGCCGCGGCUGUACCAGCGGUGCAUGAGGCUGGUGGCCAAAGACUUGGAGGCGGUGCAGCAGUCGGAGGGAUGGCGGUUUGUGCAGAAGCAUGAUCCGGGCCUGGAGACGGAGGUCCUCCAGCUCCUGCAAGAAACAUCACAGCGAGGGAAGCGAUGGCGGAGAGAAAGGGGAGAUCAAGACAAGUACAGGCAACUGAGCGAAGCCAUGGACUGCCUGCAGCACAUAUGCACCGAAGGCUGCACCGACGUCGGGCCGCACAACAGCCGUCCCCCGGCCUACCCAUGCACCAGUUUUAGUACGUGCGAAGGGCUUCAGCUCCUCAUCCGCCACUUCGCUGCCUGCGGCCGGAAGCUGUCUCCGAAGGGCUGCACGCACUGCAAGAGAAUGUGGCAGCUCCUCCGCCUCCACUCCUCCCUCUGCGAUCAGCCUGACUCCUGCAGGGUUCCUCUCUGCGAGCAGUUCAAGAAGAAGGUGCAGGAGGAGAAGGUGGACAGGACAUGGAGACUUCUAGUGAAGAAGGUUGCUACUGCUAGGGUGAUGUCUUCUUUGGCCAACAGGAAGGUACCAGAAAUAGUGCAGAAAUCAAGGGUGAGAUAUAGAGGAACAAGAUAGAUUUAUGCUGGCCACGUACAAUUUUCGCUUUUUGUUUUGGUUGAGAUGUACGUUACAUAUAUACAAAGAGUAAUAUGAUUCUUUUAUCACCACCUUGUUUUCUUUAAUGACAAUGUACCUUCUUAAUU